GUUAACAUAUUAUUGUACUAUAAAGCUGCAUAGAAACACACCUGUCACCUGUUUACCCACCUGUUCCUCCAGCUUCUUGUGUUCUUCCGCCUCAUGGAAGGAUCUACAUUCCGUCUCUGUCUCCCUGGCGGAGGGAUCUAUUUAUCCAACCUGGGGCGAAGAACUGUAAAAAAACAAAAAAACACCGAAAAUCACCACCGCUUUUCCACAAUGUUGCUCCACCAAAGGACACAACUUUUGUACAGGUUUUGACGAAUGUAAUGGAAAGCGAAAAACAGACUACAGAGAGAGAGACACCACCUCAGCACUGGAGAAGUUGCAAGUUGAUAAUUGACCCUGCAUUGACAAAAGGACUGUAUAAAGUGUACCGUUAUGAUGGACAACAAUUUAACUUACAGGUUGAGGACUUAGGUCUGUUUCCUGUGGAGACAGUCAGAGAUCCCCGCGUCUGCCGCCUGUGGAGCAAAAGCAACAAGACUGACCUUUUGACUUCUAAAUUUAAGGUUGAUGAAUGGUAUGUUGGCCCUGUUCCUCCCAAAGAAGUGACAUUUUCCAGGUUGAACGACAAUGUGAGGGAGGCGUUCUUGACUAAUAUGUGCAAUAAAUAUGGCAGCGUUGAAGAAGCGGAAAUAUUUUACAAUCCCAAGAACAAGAAGCAUUUAGGGAUCGCGAAGGUCGUCUUCGACACGGUGAGGGCGGCGAAAGACGCUGUCCAGCACCUCCAUCAGACGUCAGUGAUGGGAAAUAUUAUUCAUGUGGAAAUUGAUCCUAAAGGUGACAACAGGGCGCGAUAUCUCCAGCUCCUCUUACGUGGCCUUUAUACUCCUUGGACGCUACCAGUGGUUAGCAAUGAGCAAGCUAUUCAAAGCUUAAUCGACAGUUUGCUGGGCAGCGCUGCCUUGCAGCGACAGGGGAGUAUCUCCAGCCCCAUCAGCAUCGCCACACCCCUCUCUCUCGACACAGCCUACUCCAGUAUUUGGCAGGAUACGCCUUGCAGCUUUGGGCUUACACCACAUUCUCAGGGAACCCCCCGCACUCCUUGCCUGUCUGCGACUCCUCUCUCCCAGGACUCUUGCUACUCCAGUCUUCAGGCGACUCCAGUCCUCCAGGGCGAGCCCUCCACCUAUAGUGUUCACAAACCUUUAAGACGAGAGCUCUGCCAUCGUAAACCUGCGAGGUAUCACAGGGGAUCCGGCGAAGUCUCAGAUGUCAACUUGAUUUUGAAGCAUUGCCAACCACAGGCACCACACCCCCUCUCUUCUCAAAUACCAACUAGCAGCCAGCAGCUUGCACUAUGGGGUCGCAAUGCACAAUCAUCUACUUACAAUAACGCAGAACCUUCCUUUACCUCCCCGGGUCAGGAGUCCAGAGACGUGGUCACCGCUGACUCUAAGGCUUUACAUCGGAACUGCAGCUCUUUCAGCAUCCUGAGCAUUAAUUUCACAGCUGAGCGGCAGACAGCAGCAUCCUCCCCACCUCAUGACCACGCAUGCAUAACAGAACUAUCUCCAUCUGCUGGUAACUGUUCCUCUAGCAGCCCCCAGCCAGAGGUAGAGAGUUUGGACUCCCGCAUUGAAAGUUUGCUGAUAAACAGCCAGAGUACUGACCCCUCGUACUUUGUUAGAAAGACUUUAGAGGCUGAUGUGCGCUCUCAGGACAGCCCAACUUCACCUUACGCGGCUAAUACCUCCCCUUUCUCAGACGACUCACUUGUUUGCACCCCGACUUUGUGUGACUUCACAACCAGCCACCAGCGCUCCUACAAUGACCACAAAGAUGUCAGUCCAACAUCGCUCAUUGAAAACGAAGAGGAUGAAACUACUCAAGCUGUUUUGUUUCUAACAAGGAGCUCCCAGUCUCCAUCUGAUUUCACACAUUUUGAAAGGAGGGCUCAAGUAAACAAUGAAAAAGAGGCAGAAAGGUUCCAGUCGUUCUCAUGUCCAAAGGAGCAUCAUGGAGCAAAUGAGGAUAAGGAGCACUCAAAUAACAGACUGUUUUUGACACCCGCAAAACAGAACUGUCUUCCUCAGCCUCCAUCCUUUUCUUUCAAUAGCACAACUCAACUCCCUACCUCCAUAGCUCCUCCUGGCAUUAAAUCUGGAUGUUCCCAUCCACCGAUCACCCCUUUCCCUUUCCCCAUUCCUCCCUUUCCCCCAUCUAUUCCACCUCAUCCACCUCGCCUGCCAAAUGGCACCAUCCCCAUCCCACCUCCAGGUUGGAUCCCACCUCCAGGCCAUCACACCGGCAUUCCCAUUCCUCCUCCCCGUUUUCCACCUCCUCCGUCUAUUCCUCCCCCACCAGCGUUUCUUGGACCCCCUCCGGCUUUGAUAGUGCCGCCUUCUGUUCCACCCCCUGUGCACACGUACCCCUUACCCAUGCAGCCUGUGGGCCCUUUAGAUAAGGGGAAUCCUCCAAGUCAUGGCAGUGCACCUUUACCAUUCCUUCGACCACCCUGGCCCGCUCCGCCUUUUCCCAGGUUUAACCGCUUUGUGCCACCACCGGACUACCAGCUUGUGCGGGAAAACCCUCAUAAGCUCACAGUAGAGAAAGUUUUAGAAGUAAUCAUAGAUGAACUGAAGUCAAUCAUUAAGAAGGACAUCAUGCGUAGAAUGAUUGAAGGGAUCGCUUUCAAGGCAUUUGAAGACUGGUGGGACUGUCAAGAGAAGAAAACAAAGAUACAAGUUCCUCCUUUGAAAAGUGGAGCAGGGAAUGUUGAAGAGAGGAACAAACAAAUAAAUCCCCGCAGUAACAUCAGUGGCCAGGGCAAAAAACCUCCACUGCCGUCCUUCAAGGUAAAAAGGAAAAGAGACGAUGAUACUGCUACAUCAGAAGAGAUAGUAAAUGUGUCGUGUUCCACUCAUGACAGCUCUGAUGUGAAACAGGGGGAUGACAAAGCAUCUGAGAGAGCCAAACGCAGACAUGCAAGACCACAUGCUCUUGACAGUGAUGAUGAUGAUGAUGAUGAUGAGGGGAGAGAAGAAGAUAGCACACUUCAAGAUGAAGAGACAACAUCAGAUAAAGUGGAGGCUAUUGUGCCAGUUGAUGAUGAUCUUCAAAUCCUGUGUGACAGAGAUGAUCGUGAUGAUGAUGACGACAGUAAUCAUCCUGAGGAAGAAAAGGAGUUGGUACAAAAACACACAGAGGAUGAAGAUGCUGUCAUCUUCCAAACUAGUGAUGGAGUGCAGUGCUUAGAUAGCGAGACUUCUUCCGGGAGCAGCUCUUCAGAGGAAAGCGAGUACUCGUCAGACUUCGACUCCUCUGACUCCUCGUUCUCCUCAGAGAGCUCGUCCUACUCUGACCUCAGUCUGGAAGAUGAAGACAUGGAGGAGGACGACGGCAGGAGUGACGAGUGUAUAGUCAUAUCGUCAGAUGAAGAGUCAAUGGAGCUUGAGUCCCCCGUCACCCUCUCAGCCCCGCUAACCCCUGGUGCUCAGCUGGAGCUGGACUUGCAGGACUGGUCAGACUCAUUUCAUAGGGAGGAAACCGAAGAGAACCAGUACACGUUCUGUCAACAAGACACCUGUGACUUGGAUGUCAUGAUGGAGCUCCAAACCAGCGAACCCCAGGACCAUCUACAGCCCCUGUCACCUAUAGGACUUCCAGCAGCGGAGCCGCACCUUGAUGUAGAGAUGGAGAGCCCUGACUGGAUGGAGGAGUCACUCGGGAACGUAGAAAACCUGAGGCCACUCACUCCCACUGGCUGCUUGCUGGACAGUGACCCUGACCUUCUGAUAAGAAGCAAACCCGCAUCCCCAGCUGUAGAAGAGGUGGAACGACCACAAACACCAGGCAAGGGGAUAGUGGCUGAACUGGAGAGUGAAGACUCUGCCAAUGAAGUCCUCUCCCUCUCUCCAACGGGCACCGAGCUUGUUCUAGCUCCCUCUUAUCCCCCGUCCUCGUACCCAUCAUACCAGGAUAUGCCCAAAACUCCUGGUAGAGAGGAUAGACGUGGAUGGACUCGGUACAACUCUGGGAGAGCUCCAGCAACACCAGGCAGAGAGACGACCAUGUCAGAAGGUAGCACAGUGAUGUGCCUGACUCUUAGCAGCCCACCUCCUGUGCCAUGCCUGUCUAGCACUCCAUAUAUCACAGCCCCAAAGACUCCUGGAAGAGACAUCAUCCUACCCCGAAGAGCCAUAGUCCACAGGAGGAAAACGCAAAUGGUGACGACCUUACAGCCCCUGUUGUAUGAUUCUCUCGGAGGCUCCCCCAUCUCAGUGUCCUCUUCAUGCAGCCUAUCUGAGUCUUCAUCUGAGGGCAUGUGGAUCAGUUCAGGUGUGAGAAUGAAGCCGUUGCAGGGACUGGAGAAUAUGCCCGGGCUUCUGGAUGAGGAGAAUAGGAGAGAGACAGAGAAAUCCUUAUUAAGGAGAAAACAGCGGAGGAGACUAAAGAGGCGAUGGAGAAACCGUCAUAGGCGGAGAUCACUUAAAAGAAUCACUGGUUGUCUCUCCUCUCACAGUCGUCCUCGCGGGUGGCGUUCACUCUGUGAGGAGAGGAGGAUACUUCAUAGUGUUUGGAAGGAGGGCCUGGAUGAAGAAGAUGCAAAGCUGCUGCAGAGUACAUAUGACAGGCUGCAAGCACGGGAUAAUGGCAUUGGGUGGAUCAGUGACACCCUGUGGAUACCUCACCCUCUGACUAAAGUCCUCACAGAGAAGAGUGAGGAGCACAAAUCCUGGCAGCCAUAUCACAGGACCGGCUCUGCUCGCUGCGAAGGAUUCUACAAAAUCAGCAGGAAAGAUAAAAUGAAAUACCUCAACAACACAAAGCUGGCCACUGAGCUUCCGUCAACAAGUACUCAGCAGGGAAGGUGCAUCCCAGCCCAGCAACCGACCUCACUGCGUGCUGGAUCUGACUUCAGGUCUGAACAGCGUCGCCUGCUGUCCUCUUUCAGCUGUGAUAGUGACCUGGUCAAGUUCAACCAGCUGAAGUUUCGAAAGAAGAGGAUUCGUUUCAGCCCGAGUCAUAUUCAUGAGUGGGGCCUGUUUGCGAUGGAGCCAAUAGCAGCAGAUGAGAUGGUGAUUGAGUACGUGGGCCAAAUCAUCAGACAGGUCAUCGCUGACAUGAGGGAGCAGAGAUAUGAGGAAGAGGGCAUUGGAAGCAGCUAUUUGUUCCGGGUUGAUCAGGACACCAUCAUUGAUGCUACUAAAUGUGGGAAUUUAGCCAGGUUUAUCAACCACAGCUGCAAUCCAAACUGUUAUGCAAAGAUCAUCACUGUGGAGUCCCAGAAGAAGAUAGUGAUAUACUCCCGGCAGCCGAUAAGCAUCAAUGAAGAGAUCACAUACGACUACAAGUUUCCCAUUGAGGAGACAAAGAUUCCUUGCUUGUGUGGAGCAGAUAGCUGCCGGGGCUCCUUGAACUAAGCUGAUUAUGUCAAGAUCCAAAGUUGCCUGAGGUACUGCACUAUAUAAACACAAACCCUGAAGAUGUGCAAACAACAGAGAGAAAAAACACACGCAGAACUAAAAUAAAAUUACAUAAAAUAAAAA